AUGCCAUUGGCAAUCGACCCUGCCAUCAACAUGUGGGACCAGAGUCAGUGGGAUCCUGUCAACAGCAGAUUCAACGGAUCAAUGCCAUCUGCACUUCCUGGUAUCCAGAUUGGCGGGACCUCAAGCCCUUGGACCUUGCCUCUGCCUGAUCCCUUUUCCUUUCCUGGUGGUCUCGCGGAAGAGUUUCCUUGGGAAUCAGCCCUGCUUGGUGAAUCGAGUGAACCCAGAUAUGUGCAGCUUGGUCAACUUGGUCAAUUUGAUGCGCCGCAGUCAGUUCGAAGCUUCGGAGGUGUGCCGCGUGUACCUUUGGAGACGGCUGUCUUUGGAGCUCAGGAGUCCUUGCCACAUGAGCGUCGUGAGCGUCGCCCAUAUGCUCCGAUUGCUCCACGUCAGAAUGCUGUGGGUCCUGUGGGCCAUGUGGGCCCUGUGGGCAUCCCGGUGACCUCAUCUUUGGAUGCACUCGAGUCCCGUGCCGCCCAGACAGCUCUGGCAGGCCAUAGGUCAGUGACCGUUUCUCCCGUAGUUCGCGAUGAUCCUGGCUUGUCGGGUCAGCGACUGAAGCGAGUACUUCAUGUGAAGCAAGCACCGAUCUACAAAUAUGCAGAGUGGUGUGCACACUGGAUGCAGAAAGGCGGCAGGACAUCAAACGACCCGAUGACACCUCGCUCAGAAUUGACCAAAUCCGAGUUCGAUAUUCAAUAUGGAGCUUGGAGAAAAGCUUUAGUUGAAGGCCCACCAAACAGAGCAUGA